CGAUAUUCUCGAGCGCAAACUCGUGAUAAUAAACUACUUUCGUUUUAAUUUAUAAACAGAUUGUUUUCGCAUCACUGCGUCAGGUAAAGUGAGCGACUCUCAUACUCUAUCUACAAGUUCUCUUUGGUGUCAAGUAGGCAGUAAAGUUAGAAGGUUACUUUCCUCCGUGAGGUCAUCAAAGAUCACCUGAGGAAAAAAACAACUUUUCCAAUCUCCACACUACCAACUAUAGAAUGACAAGCUUGAUAAAAGCUGUGUUUAAGAAUGGAAGAUGGGAAAAUCCUGCAGAAUUUGACACCUGGAAAAUCCCCAAUAAAUUAGAAUUUCUAAAGCUGAGGUUAACGGAGAAAGAUAACAGUAGCAUUCCUUCAGAUCCCAAGGAGCUAGAUAAGACCUUGCCAGUUUUGCCUGUGGAUUUUGAGAAACUGAAAAACCCUGACCUCAGCAGUAUACAGGUGCUCUGGAUCGGCCAUGCCACUGUGUUCGUACAAAUGGAGGGAGUCAACAUUCUCUGUGACCCCAUAUUCAGCGAACGCUGCAGCCCCUCGUUCAAACUUGCAGGAGUGGAGCUGGUCAAGCACUUGGGAUACAAGCGUUACCGCCCAGUUCCUUGUGAAGUCAAAGACCUCCCCCGAGUAGAUGUGGUUCUGAUUAGUCAUGAUCAUUAUGAUCACCUGGACACAGAGUCUGUAAUGGCGGUCAAGCAAAACUUUCCCAAUGCAAAGUAUUAUGUUCCCAUGGGUCUGAAGGAAUGGUUUAUUGACUGCGGUUGUCUGACAGAGAACGUGGAGGAGAGAGAGUGGUGGGGGGAGAUUCAGCACCGAAUACCGGACUUGAAGAACAGUUAUUUAACAUUUGCCUGUACUCCAGCACAGCACUGGUGCACCAGGACAGCGUUUGAUCAGAACAAGAGACUUUGGUGUAGCUGGGCGGUAAAGGGAGACAAUCACUCCUUUUACUUUGGUGGUGAUACAGGUUACAACAAAAUCGCCUUCCAGCAGAUCGGGGAAAAAUACGGACCAUUCUCACUCAGUGUUCUGCCAAUAGGUGCCUACGAGCCCAGGUGGUACAUGCACCCCCAGCAUGUGAGUCCCGAGCAGUCUGUAGAAAUCCACAAAGAAAUCAACUCCAAGUUCUCUCUCGGUGUCCACUGGGGGACGUUUAAACAAAUGGGCUGUUAUGAGUAUUAUUUGGAGCCUCCAGAAUUAGUUGCCAGACACUUGGAUUAUUUGAAUCUGCCAGCAAAGAGCUUCAGGACAAUCAAACAUGGAGAAAUCUGGAGCAUUUCUAAACAGGAAGUGUGUUCUUAAGUGCACAGCAAUCAGCAACAGCAUUAACUUUAAAUUCAUGCAGGAUCUGACAUCUUUUUUCUUCUUUAGAUACGCGAUUGUACAUAUAUAAACUAAGAUAGAUAAAACAUAAAGUAACGUCAUUAUAAUUACUCAUAUUUUCUAAUAAAAGAUAUGGUAAGUGUUUGAUUGUAACUUAGGUCUGGUAACUUAAAAGGUUUUAUCCUCAAAACUGUAAUAUGUAAUUAUGAUGGAUUGUAAAUGUAGAUUUAAAAGAUAUUACCAAAUAUUUUUACAUCUACCCUAGUCUUCUUCUCCUGUUUCAUUAAAUAUUUUAAGUUUGUAGAAUAUAGAUUUUUUUCUCUUAUGAAUUUGUACAUUGUACUAUAAUUAUAAUGCAUGCAUUACCUGACUGGGUUUUGAUUUUUAUUAUGUGUAUGUACAAUGUACAUGUACACAGAUGUAAUUCUAAAAUCAUGUACAUGAAAUGUACCAGAAGGGUAAUGAUCAGAUUUUUGUGUGCAAUAUUUUGAGUGCAGAGACCUAAUUGAAUUAAAAAUUAAGGUCUACACAAAGGACAUGUAUAUAUACAUGUAUGUGUAUAAAAUUUGUGAGUUUCAUGUUUACUUCAAACCCAAUCACUUUGUAUGUAAUAUAGCUUAUGAAUGUCUUUAAAGCAUAAUACAUGUAAGAGAAGCCCUGAUUGGCUACUGAGCCAGAUGUGUUGCUUCUAAUGCAAUUACAUUUAUACUUUUCGCUCGAAAACCUGACAGUUGGUUUCACAUGGUCUGCUUAAUGAAAUGAAAGUAAAAUAUUUCAAAGAUGAUUGUUGUAUCAAUAUACAUGUAUGUUACAAAUGAUUGCAAUCAAAUAAAAUUCAGAUUUGCCAAUUUAA